AAACGAGGGUGCGAAGAAACCAAAGCAAUUUAUCUUGGCCCCUUUUUCCAAUAAUCUCAACUCUUUCACCCCAAAAUGGAUAAUAUUUUUAAUUUUAUUGGAGCAAUAUAACUCUAUAGUAUCUAUUUAUAUGUUUUUCAAAAUAAAAAUUCAGAAUAACUCCAUUUCAACAUAUGAAAAAAACGAAGCAAUCCGCUUUAAAAAGGCCCUCUUUUAAGCAUAUUUGUAAUUGUAAUUUUUUCCCGUGCUAAAGAAAAAUAAGCAUAAGCUGGAUAUUUUCCCCAUAAAUCCCGCUUCUUAUCUGUUUCUAUUUUAGUUUAGUGAAAAUCUCUCUCUCUCUCUCUCUCUCUCUCUCCCCCGCUCCCCGCUGCGUCUGUAACUGUGGUAUUUCUGCUCAUCACAUUUCCGAUGGCCUCCGCGGUGGUUCCAUUUUCUAUUUCCGGUGGAAAUCAUGUCAAGACCAGCGGUAUUUCGAUGGUGAACUCCGGUGCUUUGGUCAAGACGCAGCUGUUAACGAUUCGGAGCAAGAGUCGGACCAACCGUAAUUUGUCCAUUUGUGCUGAAUAUAAUGACCGUAGUGGUGGAAAUGGGUCUGAUUUUGCAGCUGGUUUCCUUCUAGGAGGUGCAGUAUUUGGAACACUUGCAUAUAUUUUUGCUCCACAGAUAAGAAGAUCUUUGCUAAAUGAAGACGAAUAUGGAUUUAGGAGGGCCAAGCGACCGAUUUACUAUGAUGAAGGUUUAGAGAAAACCCGGCAGACCUUAAAUGAGAAAAUCAGCCAACUCAACUCUGCUAUUGACAAUGUCUCCACCCGUUUGCGGGGCGGCAAUAAUCUGCCCCAGGUGCCUGUUGAGACUGACGCUGAAGAAGCUGCAUUGUAAGAACUGUUUUUCUUACAUCUCCAUGGUUGCAGCAUGUUCGAUCUUUCCCGUUUUAAGAGUUGGUUUGUUGAGCAUGUUAUUACACAUGUAAAUGGAUGCUUGCAUUGCAUAACAGUUUAUCUCCUUGGACAAACUUCACUAUGAGAACACCUCAACUAGAGAUAUUACUUGUUCAUGGCAUAUUCGAGUUUCAGGAGCUUAUUUGCUAUUUGACAUUUUAUUUUCCUAA